AGGUAGAUACAGGGGGUUUUCCACAGAAUGUAAAUCAGGAGACUCCAGUCUGAAUUUCAAAAUUGAAAAGUUUUUAAAUAUCCACGUCUUUUGAACCACUUGCUAUGACCUUUUUAAAACAUUGGGGGCGGUAUUAGGCGCGCGAGCCCCACGUCUGAUGGAAAAAGAAAAGCCGAAGAAGAACACUGGCGCAGCCACAAAACAACCGGCUAACUGCUAGCUUACCUGGCUAUUGGAUAGCUAGCUUGUGAUUGUAAACCACAAAUAUGACAUUCUAAAUGUGAACAGAGGAAGGAAUAAUAAAGCUACACAUCCUGAGUGAUAUAGAUGCUGAGAACAGGCUUUCAGGAUGUAUGCUGUGUACAGACAAGCCCACACUCCCACUGCUGUGGAGUUUUCGGUUUACUGCAACUUCAUUUCGAGUAAGGAGAGGAAUUUGGUCGUCGCUGGAACAUCCCAGCUCUUUGUGUACCGGAUUAUUCACGAUGUGGAGAGCACAUCAAAGACUGACAAGUCUUCAGAUUCUAAGUCUCGAAAGGAGAAACUGGAACAGGUGGCCUCCUUUUCUCUCUUUGGCAAUGUUAUGUCCAUGGCCAGUGUACAGCUUGUGGGAGCCAACAGAGAUGCCCUCCUCCUCAGUUUCAAAGAUGCAAAGUUGUCUGUAGUGGAGUAUGACCCUGGGACACAUGACCUCAAGACCCUUUCUCUUCAUUACUUUGAGGAGCCAGAGCUCAGAGAUGGCUUUGUACAGAAUGUACAUAUCCCCAUUGUUCGUGUUGAUCCAGAGAAUCGCUGUGCUGUCAUGCUUAUUUAUGGUACCAAGCUUGUAGUGUUGCCAUUCCGAAAAGACACACUAACGGAUGAACAGGAAGGUGGAGUUGGAGAAGGGCCUAAAUCAAGCUUUUUACCCAGCUACAUCAUAGAUGUCCGCGAACUGGAUGAGAAGCUGUUAAAUAUCAUUGACAUGAAGUUCCUUCAUGGCUACUAUGAGCCUACAUUGCUCAUACUGUUUGAGCCCAACCAGACAUGGCCUGGGCGUGUGGCUGUGCGUCAGGACACUUGCAGCAUUGUUGCCAUCUCCCUCAACAUCAUGCAGAAGGUCCACCCUGUUAUCUGGUCUCUCAGUAAUCUGCCCUUUGACUGUACUCAGGUCAUGGCUGUUCCCAAACCCAUAGGUGGUGUGGUGGUGUUUGCUGUAAAUUCGCUGCUGUAUUUGAACCAGAGUGUUCCACCAUAUGGAGUUUCUCUGAAUUCUCAGACGAAUGGGACCACAGCCUUCCCACUGCGUACACAAGAUGAAGUGAAAAUCACACUAGACUGCUCCCAGGCUGAUUUCAUAGCCUAUGAUAAGAUGGUCAUCUCAUUAAAAGGAGGGGAAAUUUAUGUGUUGACCUUAAUUACUGAUGGCAUGAGGAGUGUUCGGGCUUUUCACUUUGACAAGGCGGCUGCCAGUGUCCUCACAACCUGUAUGGUGACCAUGGAGCCUGGCUACCUCUUCCUCGGUUCCCGCCUUGGAAACUCUUUGCUUCUGAAGUACACAGAAAAACUCCAGGAGACGCCCCUGGAGGAGAGCAAAGAUAAGCAGGAGAAAGAAAAAGAGAAGGAGAACGACAAACAGGAGGAACCACCAAACAAAAAGAAACGGAUGGAAUCCUCCACGAACUGGACAGAUGAGAUAGAUGAGAUAGAAGUCUAUGGAAGUGAGGCCCAGUCAGGCACCCAGCUGGCCACCUACUCCUUUGAGGUGUGUGAUAGUUUACUAAACAUUGGACCUUGUGCAAACGCCUCCAUGGGUGAACCUGCUUUCUUAUCAGAAGAGUUUCAGAGCAACCCUGAGCCUGACCUGGAGGUCGUGGUGUGCUCUGGCUAUGGCAAGAAUGGCGCGCUCUCUGUGCUUCAGAGAAGCAUUCGACCCCAAGUAGUUACCACGUUUGAGUUGCCUGGUUGUCACGACAUGUGGACCGUCAUCUCGAAUGAGGUCAAGGAAGACAAAAAGGCUGCAAAAAAUGAUGAUUCAGAGGACGGGGCAGAGACUGAAGCUGGUGAGAGCGGCGAAGAGGGACAGAAAGAGAAAGAGGAGAAGGAGGAAGAGAAGACAGAGCCUCCUCUGGAGGAUGAUUUGAAGAAGCAUGGGUUCCUGAUUCUGAGCAGAGAAGAUUCCACCAUGAUCCUUCAGACUGGGCAGGAGAUCAUGGAGCUGGACACAAGUGGUUUCGCCACUCAGGGGCCUACAGUGUUCGCUGGAAACAUCGGUGACAACAAGUACAUCAUUCAAGUGUCUCCCAUGGGCAUACGGCUGCUGGAAGGAGUGACACAGCUCCACUUCAUACCAGUGGACCUGGGCUCCCCGAUAGUGCACUGCUCCGUGGCCGACCCUUAUGUGGUAAUCAUGACUGCAGAUGGGGUGGUCACAAUGUUUGUGCUGAAGAGUGAUUCGUAUAUGGGGAAGACGCAUCGGCUGGCCCUGCAGAAACCGCAGAUCCCCACCCAAUCACGCAUGAUCGCGCUGUGCGCCUAUCGAGACGUGAGCGGCAUGUUCACCACGGAAAACAAAGUGAGCUGCUCCGUCAUAGAGGACACGCUCAUCAGGGGUCAGUCUGAAGCAGAGACCAUCAUCCAGGACCUUAGCAAUACAGUGGAUGAUGAAGAGGAAAUGCUGUAUGGAGACUCUAACGCUAAUGCAGCACCUGCAAAGGAGGACAUCAGCCGCAGCACUUUUGCAGCAGGACCUUCUGGAAGUGAUGGAAGCUCAGUUAAAGCAGAGCCCACACACUGGUGUAUGAUCAUCAGGGAAAAUGGCGUCAUGGAGAUUUACCAGCUCCCAGAUUGGAGGUUGGUUUUCCUUGUCAAGAACUUUCCUGUUGGUCAAAGGGUGCUGGUUGACAGUUCAUCAGGCCAGUCGGCAACACAGGGCGAGGGCAAAAAGGAAGAAGUUACGCGACAAGGAGACAUCCCAUUAGUGAAAGAAGUUGCCUUGGUUUCACUUGGCAACAAUCAGAGCAGACCGUAUCUACUGGUCCAUGUGGACCAGGAGCUUCUGAUCUAUGAAGCGUUUCCAUAUGAUCAGCAGCAGCCACAAAACAACCUCAAAGUCCGCUUCAAAAAAGUGCCCCAUAAUAUUAACUUCAGAGAGAAAAAGUCAAAAGUCAGGAAAGAUAAGAAAGCAGAAAGCGGCGCUACCGAGGACAGUUCAGCUCUGAAGAGUCGGACUGCCAGGUUCAGAUACUUUGAGGACAUUUCUGGAUACUCUGGGGUGUUUAUCUGUGGUCCAUCUCCUCACUGGAUGCUGAUCACCUCUCGCGGAGCCAUGAGGCUUCACCCCAUGACUAUUGACGGCUCCAUCGAGUCUUUCUCUCCUUUCCACAACAUCAAUUGUCCCAAAGGUUUCCUGUACUUCAACAAACAGGGUGAGCUGAGGAUCAGCGUCCUGCCCACCUACCUCUCCUACGACGCCCCAUGGCCAGUGCGGAAAAUCCCCCUGAGAUGCACCGUCCACUACGUCUCCUACCAUGUGGAAUCCAAGGUGUAUGCGGUGUGCACCAGUGUAAAGGAGCCCUGCACUCGCAUCCCAAGAAUGACUGGAGAGGAGAAAGAGUAUGAAGUCAUAGAACGAGAUGAACGUUACAUUAAUCCUCAGCAGGAGAAGUUCUCCAUCCAGCUCAUCUCUCCAGUCAGCUGGGAGGCCAUUCCCAACACAAGGAUCGACCUGGAGGAGUGGGAACACGUGACCUGCAUGAAGACGGUGGCGCUGAGGAGUCAGGAGACAGUGUCUGGACUGAAGGGCUAUGUCGCAGCAGGGACCUGCCUGAUGCAGGGAGAGGAGGUCACCUGCCGGGGCCGGAUUUUGAUCCUGGAUGUGAUUGAAGUGGUGCCAGAGCCAGGCCAGCCACUCACCAAGAACAAGUUCAAAGUGCUGUACGAGAAGGAACAGAAGGGGCCGGUGACGGCUCUGUGUCACUGCCACGGGUACUUGGUGUCUGCCAUCGGACAGAAGAUCUUCCUGUGGGUCCUAAAGGACAAUGACCUGACCGGCAUGGCCUUCAUCGACACUCAGCUCUACAUCCACCAGAUGUUCAGCAUUAAAAACUUCAUCCUGGCUGCCGACCUGAUGAAGAGCAUCUCACUGUUGCGCUACCAGGAAGAGAGCAAGACACUGUCUCUCGUCAGCAGGGAUGCAAAGCCGUUGGAGGUCUACAGCAUUGAGUUUAUGGUGGAUAACAACCAGCUUGGCUUUUUGGUGUCCGAUCGAGACAAAAACCUCUUUGUGUACAUGUAUUUACCUGAAGCCAAAGAGAGCUUUGGAGGAAUGCGACUGCUGAGGAGAGCUGACUUUAACGCCGGGGCCAACAUCAACACCUUCUGGCGAAUGCCCUGCAGAGGAUCCCUGGAUGCUGGCAGCAAGAAGUCUCUGACCUGGGACAACAAGCACAUCACGUGGUUUGCAACCUUAGAUGGAGGAAUCGGCCUGCUCCUCCCCAUGCAGGAGAAGACCUACCGCCGCCUGCUGAUGUUACAGAACGCCCUGACCACCAUGCUGCCUCAUCACGCCGGCCUCAACCCAAAGGCCUUCAGAAUGCUGCACAGCGACAGACGAGGUCUGCAGAACGCUGUGAGAAACAUUUUGGAUGGAGAACUUCUCAACAAGUACUUGUACCUCAGCACAAUGGAGCGCAGCGAGCUGGCUAAGAAGAUCGGAACUACUCAGGACAUAAUCCUGGACGACCUUCUGGAUGUUGACAGAGUAACGGCUCAUUUCUAAGAGCAACAUUCCCACUGAAAGCCGUUUAAGGUGGAAACUGCUUUAUAAUGUCAUCUCUGUGAAAAUCUUUUUCUCCAUUUUCUUGUUUCUAAAAAAAAGACAGCAGCCAUGUUUUCUUAUAUUUUGUAUUAAAAUGAUCUUGAAAAUUG